AUGCGGAAGACCUACAAGGCCGCCUUCGAGAAAGUGGCUUUUUAUGAAGUGCCGUCAGCUCUCGACGACCUCCCAUUCACGCUUAUCGGCAGCUGUCGUUGGUUGAAGGGGAAGGCUCGACGUCGGUAUCGGGUUGGACCAAUCAGAAACAGCAUCCCGGCACUUAUGCUCCAGACAGUCGUCUGGCCGAACAACGAUAUCCUCUUCUCUCUGCAGCCAGCCUGGAGCAGUGUCUAUCCGUUGUAUCGGCUCUCGCAGGCCACCCUCACGAACAAAGGAACACCUAAGCCCCAGCCAGCAGUGUGCCGACAUUGCCAUCAUCUGUCUGAGGCAGCGCGACAGUUGAGACAGCUGCGACACCGAAUCUGUGGAUUAGUAGACCAAUUAGGACCCCGACCGGGCGCAAUGAAGUACCUCGACUUGUGUGCCCUCCACGAGGUCAACCUCGCUCUCAAUUUCGACACCCAAGAUACAGCCAUUAUUGGCGGAUGCGAUCUAUGGACUAUAAAGGCAGCCGGAAGCGAUAAGAAACUAUACAAGCGUAUCGAGAAGACGCUCGAGGAGCGAUACCAGGACCUGCUGUCAGCUGUAGCAGGUCUCUCAGAGUCAUCAGCCGCGCAAUUUAAAGAUCAGCUCAACAUUGCCAGAGAGACGCCAUUCGGCACCUUCAACGAGGCAGCGAACCGACACACCUUUGCUUACCUCAUUGCGACACUGAAUGCGACACACAUAGACUACGACUUUGCGAAUACGCUCAAUCCGGAUGAGUUUCGCCGCGAGACUCAACAAUCCUUCACGCACAAGAUUGACACAACCAUGUACUAUCUACGUCCACAAGUCUACUCGGCUGGGCUGCCGGCAGGUGCCAUUACACCUCUCGGCUCGCCGAUCUGGAGUCCUCGGUCAUGGUAUUUGAUCGACAGUGAAAUGGACAUGGCGAACUGCGAGUACUACGCCUGGGAGCCAUCAGAUGACCCAUUCGCAGAUGACGGAGCCAUCUGGAGCCAUCACUUCUUCCUAUACAACAAGGACCGCAAGCGCGUCGCCUACUUCUACCUCCGUGGUAUCUCUGCGCUAUCGCAUUCGCCCAGCGUCGCCAUGUCGCUCAUGUCCAAGUUCAAAGCCUCCAAGUUCGAGUCAUCGGCGAAUGCCGGGUCCAGAAAGCGCGCCGAAUACUGGCUUGGCGAUCGGGCUCGCAAGGGACUCGAAGCCUAUGGCGAGUCGGAUGAACUGGAUAAUAUGGUGAUUGAUCAUCCGGGCGAUAUUGUCGAUGCAGAGCAGACUAUGCUUCCCGCGAGGGAGAUGAGCAUGGAUGCCGAUUACUACGAGAGUGAGGGCGAUAGCGAUGUCGAGAGUCUUGUGGAGCGGGAAAAGCGGCCAAGCAAGCCACGCACCAUGAGUGAGGGGGUCAUGGAUCGCAUGGAGCUUUGA